GAAAGCAUUCGAUGGUACUGAAGAGGGUGAUAUGGCUCCUUUGCCACUGUCUGGGGAACAAAUUCUCCAACAAGUUCAACUUGUAGAUUUUAAGUAUGGAAAGACGCAAAAAAAUAAAAAAACUAAUGGUUGUUUUCAAAGAAAGUCAAUCUUCUUUCCUCUUCCAUAUUGGAAAAGUCUACUAGUUCGACAUUGUUUGGAUGUCAUGCAUAUUGAAAAAAAUGUGUGUGAGAGUAUUAUUGGUACCUUACUUGAUAUUCCCGGCAAAACUAAGGACGGUCUAAAUAGUCGUUUAGAUCUCGUUGAAAUGGGUAUACGACAAUCUCUGGCACCUAAGAAGAAAGGUGAACGAUUAUAUUUGCCUCCUGCUUGUUUCACUUUGUCCAAAAAAGAGAAACAAACAGUUUGCAAAUCACUUGCAAAUAUGAAAGUACCCGAUGGUUACUCGUCUAACAUCAAAAACUUGGUGAAUGAGACUGAAUUGAAACUAAUGGGUCUGAAAUCACAUGAUUGUCAUGCGUUAAUGCAACAUCUACUUCCAAUUGCCAUUAGAUCAGUCUUGCCAAAAAAUGUUCGAGAGUGUUUGACACAUGUUUGCAUUUUCUUUAAUAGGCUGUGCGGGAAGGAAUUAGAAUUGGAUAAGUUAGAUGCAUUACAUAAACAUGUAGUCAAAACAUUGUGCAACCUGGAAAAGUUUUUUUCGUCAUCUUUUUUCGACAUCAUGAUCCAUUUAAUGGUUCAUCUAGUGAGAGAAGCAAGGCCGUGUGGGCCGGUGUGGGCGAGAUGGAUGUAUCCAUUUGAAAGAAAUAUGAAGGUACUUAAAAGUUAUGUGCGUAACCACUAUCGGCCAGAAGCAUGUAUGGUUGAGUGCUACAUAUCUGAAGAGGCUGUGGAAUUUUGUUCAGAGUACAUGGCUGGAGUUGAGGCAAUAGGAAUUAGCAAACCAAGAACUGACCCAGAUGAUGUUGAUAGAAGAUUAAGGGGGAAAGGGACAAUGGUGACAGUGUCCAAGCUUGAACUAGAUCAAGCUCAAUUAGUCGUGAUGAACAAUAACGCAGAGGUUCAACCAUAUAUAACUGACCAUAUGGAGCUGUUACAAUCAAUGGUUCCAAGAAAUCAAAAAAAUAAACAAAAAUGGGUUGCAGACCAACAUCGUCAAACUUUCAUUGGGUGGUUAAGGAAUACCAUUAUAUCAAAGUUGAACGAACCGAAUCAUGGAGUAUCUGAUGUGUUGAGUCGUAUUGCCCUUGGACCAACUUUUGCGGUUGCAAAGCAUGAAGCGUACAUUGUAAGGGGUAAAUGUUUUCAUACAAAGUCAAGAGAUGAUGCUCGAGAGGUUCAAAAUAGUGGUAUACGUAUCGUCGCAGAAACUAUGCACUUUGCAAGUGCAAAAGAUAGAAACCCUAUUUUAGGUACUAUGACGUAUUAUGGGGUCAUUGAAGAAAUAUGGGAGCUCAAUUAUUUUGCGUUCCGAAUUACAACCGUUAUGCUGCCGAAAUUUCGGUAGAAUUUGGAUAAAAUUUGAUAUAUACAUAUAUUAUGUUCUGUUUUGUUUAGGGUCCACUCGCUCAACCGCCCUCAAGACGUGAUGCGUCAAAGGGGAAAGCUCCGAUGCUUUCUCCACAAGGCCGUGGUGCACGGGAAGAU